AGGUUAACGGUGAGUGGGCGGUGGAGACAGAGAUGAUGAAAUGUGCACCCUCGACGUCGGCCGGAAAGGCGGCGCAGCAGUCCAUCUACCGGGUGCCGGAGUGGGCGAAGAACACCAACAACACGAAGGCCUACCAGCCGCAGGUGAUGGCGCUGGGGCCAUUCCACCACGGCGCCCCCAACCUGGUGCCCAUGGAGGAGCACAAGGUCCGGGCGGUGGUCCGCCGCCUUACAAAGAGCCGGAAAACGGCGCAAGCUUACAAGGACGCCAUUAACGGGGUGGCCGAGCGACUGCUGGCGGCAUACGGCAAGGAUCCACGUAAGGAGUGGCCCGCGGCAAAUAAUAGGAAAAGCUUCGUGGAGAUGAUGGUCAGGGACGGCUGCUUCCUGCUAGAGCUCAUCAGUUUGGGUUUGACACCGCCGCCCGACGACGACGGCGGCGACCUAUUCUUCAACGCCCACAACUACAUGUACAUGCGGGGGGCUAUCAUCUCCGACGUGCUCGCCAUGGAGAACCAGCUGCCUAUGCUCCUUCUCCAGACGCUUCUUCGUGUUGACUAUGGCACAACUCCGAACGCCCACACAGAUGGGGAUGUAGGCGUAGAGGACCAAACAGAUGAAAAAAUCAAUCUCCGGAUGCUUCGUUUUCUAGGCCGGCAGUGGCGCCCCGAAUGGGUCCGCCCGCUUGGGCUCCACCCCCUCCACCUUUAUCAUUCAAGUCUCACCUAUGGAGGCCCUGGGGAGCCUGAGGGACAGGGUUCUAUGGAGGAGAUCAUGCCCUCCGCGGUGGAGAUACACGAGGCGGGAGUCCAUUUCCACAAGAGCGAAACGGACAGCCUUCUGGAUGUCCAUUUCAAGCACGGCGGCAUGCUCUCCAUGCCGGCGCUCAUGGUGGAUGACACCUUUGAGGGCAUUUUCCUCAACCUUCUGGCAUUUGAGCAUCUACAUGCCCCCGCCGGCAACACCGUCACGGCCUACGUCUUCUUUAUGGACAACAUCAUCGACACAGCCGAGGACGUAAGCCUACUCAAAGCCAAGGGAAUCUUCAACAACUAUUUGGGCAGUGACGACGCGCUGGCCAAGCUCAUCAAUGAUACUCUAUCCAAGGGGGUAGUGAUGAGCCCCUGCAGUGUCAUCAACAAAGUACAACAUGAGGUGAAGAAGCACUGCAAGAAGCCAUGGAACAAGUGGCGGGCCAACUUUAUGCACACCUACUUGAGGAACCCCUGGGUGUUCAUCUCACUCGUCGCUGCCUCCAUUCUGCUCUUGGCCACUGUCCUGCAGACUGGCUACACCGUCGCGGCCUUCUACCAGGCAUCAGCUACUCGGUCACCAGACAUCAACUAGUCGGUCACCAGCCAACUUGUUAUUACACUGUUUCGGGUAUAUUCUUGUACGGUCUCUCGCUCGGUUUUUUUGCCCCAUAGAGCUCUUGUGACGCCCAGAGUCACUCUCAGUGGGUUUUUCCUAGCACUAACGUAUGGAGGUUUUUGUUUGCUUUUAUAUGUUUCUCUCAGUUAU